AUGGUUGGGAGCAUACAGCCCCAUGAGGAUGCUUUGGUGGUAACGCUGAGAAUUGGCGGGUACGAUGUCAGAAGAGUGAUGAUUGAUCAGGGUAGCGCUGUGGAUGUAAUGUAUCCAAACUUGUACAAGGGACUAGGUUUGAAGCCAGAGGACUUAACAACCUACAACUCUCCUCUAGUAAGUUUUGAGGGAAGGAUGGUCGCUCCCAAAGGACUGAUCAGGCUGCCUGUGCAAGCAGGUACGGAUGUGGUGGAGGUGGACUUUAUUGUCGUAGAUGUUUUUUCUCCGUACACGGCUAUUAUGGGUAGACCUUAG